UACUUGUUAAUGCCGUUGAGAUGUUUGUCGAUUUGUCGCAGAGACUGGGACCGGAUGUUCGAGAAGGAAAGCGAACAUCCGGUCCACCUGGGAAGUUGCUGCGAGAAGUUGAACCCGAGUUAAUGGAUGCUUUAAUUGAGGCUACAAAAGAUGGUGACCACAGUAGGCUGCGAGCUUUAUCUGUAUCCGAGGUGUGGUUUGGCGAAGAUGAUGAUGAAGGAGAAGAAGAUUUCGAGCAAGAACAAGUGGAGGAGGAGUGUGGUGAGUAUUCAAGCAUAGCAAGCAGGUGGUUUGACAGUUUAAUCAGUAAAGACAUUCAAAUGGCCAAUGAAGUUUUCUCCAUUCACACCAUUGAUUUUGACCGGCAAGAGUUGCAAAAGCUUGUAUGGAGAGUAUAGUCGACUCAAGAACAGCCAGCCAAAAACGAGAGUGAAGCUAGCAAAGCGCUCCUAAGGGCGCAGAAGUCCUCUACUUAUUUCCUCCGAAACCUUGCGAGGCAAUUAUGUUGUAGCAAUACAUGAUUGCGCAGCUGAUACUCACCUCUUGUACUAAUCUAUUUU